GGUACCGGAAGUCUUUGUUGACAACAUCCGGUCCUGUGUUAGGUCAAAAUGUCGGUGCUGAGAGGGUUACAGAGGCUGAAACCUGUUUUAUCACUACAUGGAAACACAAGUCUGAGAAGUCUGACAGCCGCUUCAGACGCAGUCAAGCAGAAAGAUGACGUGCUCGCUAAGAUGGAAAACCCGUUCAAAGAACCGCAGAAAGGAUGCGUCCUGUGCAACGUCACUGUGGACUUCAAGAACAUCCAGCUGCUCUCACAGUUCAUCUCACCGCACACAGGCAGAAUUUAUGGCCGACACAUCACAGGCUUGUGUGGAAGAAAACAGAAGGAAGUCUCCAAAGCGAUAAAGAAAGCUCACUCGAUGGGUUUCAUGUCGGUGACUCACAAACAUCCACAGUUCUUGAAGGAUCCGAGCAUCUGUGGAAUCAAACAUCUGGAUUAGUGAUCAUAGUGUUUGUGUUGAAUCUGUUUAUUAAAGUGUCUCUGCGGAGCUGUUUGCACCUCGUCCACCUGCAGCUCCACUCACCCAGCAAUAAAAAGUGUUUCUGUUUCAUCACUUCAUGAAAUAAACAGUUAUUUGUGUCGCUGCGUCCUGCAGAUGCUCCUGCAUGUUAAAGGAUGAUUGUUAUGGUGGGAAAUAAUAAAAAACUACAAUCUUUGA